GCUGUUGUGGUAGGGCUAUGUUGUGUUGUCCCCACCAGCAGCGAAUCCUUCUUCUCCCGCUCGACCAUUUCUUGAAUCUUCCCUUUUUGCAAAUCCAACAACACUCACUCACCCACACACACACACACACAGAGAAACUAGAGAGAGAGAGAGAGAGAGAGAGAGAGACUGAUGUGGUGGUGAGAGAUGGACAUGGACACGCCGGAGAGGAACCGGCUCAACACUCCGGUAUCCAAGUUCGAGGAUUCACCUGUAUUCAACUAUAUCAACAAUUUAUCUCCUAUAAAGACUGUUAAAUCUGUGCACAUCACUCAGACAUUCAAUUCACUUAGUUUCUCAUCUCCUCCAUCUGUUUUCACAUCACCCCAUGUCAGCUGUCUCAAGGAAUCUAGAUUCGUUAGCAGGCAUAACCAAUUCGGCACAUCAAAACCUAAGGUUUCAUCUGAAGAUGUAAAUAAAGUUCACUCAAGUGAAGAGGCUCUUGCUAUUCAUGGAGAUCAUGACUCAAAUGAACCACAGGAAAAUGCUGAUCGAGGGAUUUCAGUUGAAGAUGCUUCGAUUGAGUUAUCUGGUGAACACACAAAAUUCUCAGUGGAGCUGCCACAAGCCUUACAGUAUAAUUGUGGUAGUACUAGCUAUGAUCCUCCACUUCGUGAUGAUGAGGCUAACACUCUUUUGGAAUUGCCUGGGGAGGCAGCACCAGAGGUUGCCUAUGUUCAACAAAUAGUUUCAAUUGAGCAUGAGGUGCAUAUUCAGGAAAUGUGUCAGGUCGAGGAGAACGGUGAAGGCGCAGACUGUGAUUGGGAUAGUUUACUUCCCAAUGCUACUGAUCUGUUACUUUUUAACUCCCCGAAUCAAGCCGAAACUUUUAAGAAUCUCAUGCAGAAACCCUUGAGAUCUUCUAUGCGACUUGGUGAUGUUAUGUCUCUGCUUCCGCAAUCUACCCUCAGUAAUGAUCAGAACAUACACACAGUUGAUUCAGUUGUUCCCGGUGCUGAACAUGAAAUUGAAGCUAAUUGUUCUGAGACAGUAGCAAUCAACAGCACUGAGCCUUCACAGGACACUCUUGCUGAUGUUGAUUUGUCGACUAGCAAUCCAAAUGAGAAAAUGGAUGAUAAGGUUGUUUCUGUCACGCACCGUGGUACACGGAGGCGCUGUCUUGACUUUGAGAUGGCCAGUGUGCGAACGAAGAACUCAGAUGGUAAUUCAAACGCCAGUUCUAGUACAACACAGUCUGAAGUGAGGAUUGCUGCUAAUGAAAAACAACUGCUUCCUAUAAAGCGCGAUGCGAAUUCACAAAGGCGCAUGUUGCCUGGAAUCGGUUUACACCUGAAUGCACUUGCAACCUUUACAGAUUACAAAGGCAUACAACAAAGUGAAAAGUUUUCUUCUUCUGGAAGACAACUCAGUCUUGCCAGCUCUUCUUCCUUGCAACUCUCUGCAAGCCUGGAACAUCAGAAUCUGGUACCUGUAACAGCUGAAAGAGAAUUGGACCCAUCAGAAAAUGGGGUUCAGCCUGCUGAAGAUAGUUCCCAGGCAGCUAGUGAAGAUUUCAAUCAGAAUAGCCCCAAAAAGAAAAGGCGUAAGGUGGAGCCAGCUGGAGAUACUGAGGGCUGCAAACGUUGCAAUUGCAAGAAGUCAAAGUGUUUGAAGCUAUAUUGUGAGUGCUUUGCUGCUGGAGUCUACUGCAUAGAACCCUGCUCCUGUCAGGAUUGCUUCAACAAACCUAUUCAUGAAGAUACUGUUCUUCAAACUCGCAAGCAGAUUGAAUCUCGCAACCCGCUUGCAUUUGCUCCUAAAGUCAUCAGAAAUUCUGAUUCUGUUCCUGAAAUUGGGGAUGACCCAAAUAAAACUCCAGCUUCAGCACGCCACAAAAGGGGAUGCAACUGCAAGAAAUCAAACUGCCUAAAGAAAUAUUGUGAAUGUUAUCAGGGUGGUGUUGGUUGCUCCAUUAGCUGCAGAUGUGAAGGGUGCAAGAACGCAUUUGGUAGAAAGGAUGGUUCUGCUCAAGCUGAACCAGAAGAAGAAACAGAAACAAGUAACAAAGGAGUGAUGGAAAAAGCCUUGCAGAAAACUGAAAUUCAGAAUAUCGAAGAACAUCAAGAUUCUUCUGUUGCCGCAACACCAUUACGGCUUUCCAGGCCAUUGCUUCCAUUGCCCUUCUCAUCAAAGGGAAAGCCACCGAGAUCUUUUGUCACAACCAUCUCUGGCUCUGCAUUGUUCACCAGCCAAAAGCUUGGGAAGCCAAAUUCUCUUUGGUCUCAAGCUAAUAAGCAUUUUCAAGGUGUUGUUCCAGAAGAUGAUGAAAUGCCAGAUAUUCUCCAUGGUGAUAGCUCUCCUAUCGCGUGCAUCAAAAGUUCUUCUCCGAAUAGCAAGAGGAUAUCCUCACCUAACUGUGAGAUGAGAUCAUCACCAAGUCGCAGAGGUGGCAGGAAGUUGAUUUUACAAUCUAUUCCUUCAUUUCCUUCUCUCACAACACACCCUUAGAACUGCUGUUAUAUGUUUCAUUUUAAGUUACCCCCUCCCCCUUCUCUUGUUCAUGUUUUUGUAGCUUGUUGCAAUAGGAGCUAUGUUUAGGUUUGUGUAUAUGGAGCUUUCUGUUUUACUUUGAUAAUAAUGUUGUGUUUCUUCUGUAAUUUAGUUUUAGUACUCAAGUGAUGGUUAUAACUUGUAAUCUUUUCGAGGUUUAAUGAGUUGCGAACUAAAUUUGUUCUA